ACUGCUGUCCCGCUCCUGUUUCCUAUCAGAUUUAGCCAUCAGCCUCCAUAAAUCCUCUCCUUUUUAUCAGCGGACUAUCGAACCUCAGGGCACAGACGUCUGUGAAGGUGGUUUAGGACACCAAACGCUCGUGUCCUGCAGCUUCCCUUCAGUGAUGUCAGCAGGAGUGCCAGGCCUGCCCGAUGGACUCCCCCUCCAGGAUGUUCCUGAAGGAGAUAAGUGAUCACAAACCCUGCUUUUCUACUCGCACCACCCGGGUUUACACUGGAACCGCAGCUCUACUCCGAGUCUCAGCUGAUUUGGUUUCACAUUUCACCACUAGAUGUCGCUGGAUCAGACCGUCCUCACUAUUCACCAGCUCGUCCCUGCGCUCCUGGUGAAGUGGCAUUUCCGGCCACGCAGUCGACCUCUGUCACUUUGCAUGAAUCGUUUUCACACUAAACAUUUACUGAAGCGAAAUGUCCUGGAGGGACGCAGGCGUACGUCAAUUCCGUCGUUGGACUGAGCUGCUGAGUCCAUGAAUAAUUGAGUAGAUUUGUCUCUGACUAAAUGUCACGGCAUUUGAGCGGUAAGCUUGUGUGUGUGUGUGAAAUAAGCUCAAUCCAACCCAUUCCUGGCUCACACACGUCCACGGUUUGCCAUUUGUUUGUGAUCCCAAACCUCAAACGUGUUUAAAACACACCUCAGGCACGACUGCGUCGCUUCCUCUGCGGAUGCUGCUGAUAACCUGAAACAGUGGAGCUGAUGAUGAAACUGAGGGGAAAGUCAUAUUUCAGCCGGCGCCAAAAGCUCCUAAGUGUUCCUUCCUUUUUUUUUUUUUUCUGGACGGAAGAUGACGACGGUGAAGGAAACCUCUUUUCCAGUGCAAUGUCACGCGGGACCAAUUCCCGCUUUGGAAGGUGAUGUAAGUGAACUACAUGGCAGAUACUAAACUCUCACACGCAAAUACUUCUGAAGAUGAUGAGAGUUCAGCCAUUUAUGAUGGCCGUGAGUCAUGCGGGACGCAAAACUGCCACGAAACAUAUAUUUUUCUGCCUUAAUCUAAGACUUUAUGAAACUGAUUUUGAGCUGCCGCUCAAAUGGCCUCCUCUACAGUCACAACUAUCCUCUUCAUGCCUUCAUUUUCUAUAUCCCUGAACCUCCUUGUUCAAAGACAGGUGGCAAUUUGAAACAAAAUUCAUUUUUAUUUUGCUAUAAAUGGAGUUUUUUGGUUGGAAAACCUCAGUGUAUCAGUGCACAGUGUAUCAGUAUUAAAGGAAUAAUAAAACAUAAAGCAACUCUGUCAUCAGCGCCUCCCUCACCACUCAACAUUUUUAAAGGAAUUUAACACUUUAAUUCUUGACAUUUAUGAUGUCCACUUGCGUUGUAGCUCAUGUAUGCUGGCAUUGUUGCUAAUCCAGUGUUGGCUCACUUGGCUGUCAAUUCAAUAAAAUGUUUAAUAUUUUUAAUCUCAAAUUAAUAACUUUUUAAAUCUGUUAUAAAUGUAACUUACAAGAAUAUUUUAUCACAAAUUUAAUUUGUGAUGAAUCGUGAGUUAACUCUCAUUUAGUGCGAUUACAGGAAAUUCAUAUUUUUAAUCUAUUCCCAGCCCUAAUUUUAUUUUCAUCUUUAUCUAUCCAUCGCUCUCACGGUCCUCAUAAAAUGACUCAGCGGGCUGGGUUUGGCCCCUGGACCUUGAGUUUGACACACACUAUACUCCCACAACACAACUCGCCUCCCCUCAUGCUACACUGCCUGCACUCUCUUCUUUGACAGAAUUGGAAAUUAACUUAUGAUUUGAAAGUGUCUUGAAUCUGGCAGCAAAUGUGAGUUUGCUCUUGGUUCAGAUUCAUAGUUUUUUUUUUCCACAAAACCGAAUGAAUAGAUGGCUUCCUUUCACACCGACGCAUUGUAACAUGAAAUAUUCAAUGAAAGGAAAGAGCGACCAACUGUGAUGCUUUCACUGACGGCAACAUGACAGAGUUAAUAUCCUCAACCUUGGGUUUUAUAAACACAACAUAUUAAUGAAGUAAGUUGGUGCAAACAUGACAUGAAAAUCUUUUGCCAGCAUUAAUACAAGGGUCAAAGCCGUACUUUCCAAGGUCAUUAUUUUUGUUCUAGCUACAUUUGUUUUGAUCAGUCCGUCUCAGGAAAUGAUGUUGUGAAUCCACAGCACCUGCAGAUGUAUAGAGAAGGAAAUACUCCUCAGGAUAAUCUAGUGGGUUUUAUUCAUGCCGGUGUCAUUUCAAUGAUAAUCCCGCCGUGACUCGAGUGCUGUUGAAGCCCCUGCUGAGGUCAAGCACCUGUGAGCAGCCGCUUAUAAUCAUAAAUAUCUGAUAAUCUGAGGUGAGUUUUGGGUCAUCUCAGCUGUCUGUCACCUCCAUCACCCGCUUGUUAAAGUAAGAAGGGAACCAACCUGUUGGAUGUGUUGCCGCAGACGCUGCUCUCUCCGUCUCACGUCGGGCAGAAAUCCAUCCUGUUGCGCUGGCUCCUGCAGCCGAUCUGCUGCUCCUGAGACUCACACUGUUUGCUUUCUCUCCUCCUUAUCAUUCAGCGACACGCGCGCAGCUCCACCACUACAGAUGGAGUAGACACUGUCAGAUGUGAUUGGACACACACACCAGGCCUGAAGCGGCACACUGUAAUACAGAAGGGGCGGGAGAGAAGAGAGAGAGAGACGCCUCUCCUCUCUCGACCCCCCCCUUCAUCCGCCCUUCAUCACCAGUCACCAAUUAUCUUUUUUCUCAGGCUGCUUACUACUAAAGCAUCUUCAAUAAACGAUGAGACGACAAUCCAUGACGCUGUGAGGCUCAGUCAUCACGAGGGUUUGACAUCGGCGGGGCGACGGAGUGGUGAAACACAGCUGUGAAACUGGCUCCAAGUGGUGCUGCUAUUAAGAGAGCAAAUGUUUCUUCCAUUAUUUCAAUGACUCUCCGAGGUGGCACGGCAGAAUUGGAAUGAAAAGGCCGGGGAGAUGUGGCGCCGUUAUUCCUCCUCCUUGCUGGAAAACAGCUCUGCUUUGGCUGCAGUUUUGAGUUGAACUGAAACGAUGAGCGCUCGGCGCCCCUCAAACGCCUGCGUCUUGUGGCAACACGCAGCACUAGACAAGAGGUGAUAUAUUCAGCCAUUAGUGCCCCAUUAAAACUGCUCUGAUUAAUUAGCAGUACUGCGCCGCUAAAAGGAGCCAACGAUUCCCUGAACAAGCCCCGACUCCAGCCCCUUGAAGAAAACCAUCUGACAGGCUCCAGCGCCUAUUAACGCUUGGUAAUGUCUCUCCCUGCGUGUCUCAUUGAUCGGCUUGUAGAACCAAGUAUUUUAAGCUUCACCCUUCCCAGGCUCCAUCUAUCACGCUUAGUCCGGCUCAUUCCUUCUGAACGCGCCUUUUAAGAACGUCUUAAGCUAUUUGAAUACAUUAUUGACGAGUCAGGAAAGGAGUCAGCAGCACAAGCGCUCACAUCUGGAUUUAAGACUUUGGAACAGUCCGCCGUUCUUACGUGCUGUCGUAUUUUUAUGGCUACAUACAUACUUAUAUAACAUAUAUUAACCAAUAACAAUCCAGUUACAUGCGUAUUUCCUGGUUACUAUGGGGACAAUAGUGAGGCUUGACAACAUGCUCUAAUAACUGUCUAUUAUGAUGCUAGUACACGUAUGAAUAAGUAAUGUAUUCAUGGUAAUAUGUGCUGCCUAAUCUCAGGUCUUUUUUCUUGUGAGGCCCUUGUGAGGAUUUACUCCACUGCCACCUUACACUUCAUGAUCAAACGCUGGAUGCUAGCAUCAGUUUGAUCCUAGCUAUUAGUAUUGAAGAGCCUAGCAUGAAUCAUGAGGCUUGCUAAUGUAACUAAAUCCUUAGAUUAUCCUCCUUCAUCACCAGCAUGAGCUCUGGUUCUGUCCUUAAAGCAGAAAUAUCGCACUAGCCAACUCUAGCUAAGUUGUUUUGACACUUUAAAUUAGCAUCUGAAGAGCUGGUGGGCCACUUGUAAUGACUCGUCGUGCUGGAUUCGGCCCCCAGGCCUUGGGUUUGACACAUGCUCUAACACAAGCUGCGAUCGGUUCUAUUUCUGAGUGAGUCAGUCUGUCACUUUUGCGUGUCCCGACCCGUCCUGAGCCGCCUCCUGAACACUCGACAACAUGCUGCAACUUGCCCUUUCAUGUCGGCAGGUCUCCUCGGUGAACAAGUUUCUGCUGCGGAAGUUUCCGCGCAGCUUGACUCUGACUCUUCGCUUCCCUUUACAUCUCAGUUGCUUUUUUAUUCCCUCUGUGUGGGGAUUCUUGAGUCGCUCCUCAGAUCUGAGGAGCUACAGAUGUUCUUUCAAGCUUUGCACCUCUGUGUACACAGUGUUGAACACGCCCGACGGGCUAGUCGAAGCUUGCUGUCCAUCCCGGCCUUCCCUCACUCGUGAACAAGAUCACAAGAUAGUUCAACUCUAAAUUAUUAAUCUACCCUGUUUCAGAUUUCUGCUCUGCAUCUCCACUUCUAAAAACCACCUUCAACUCCCCGGUGGUUGCAGAGUGUGUUUUUCUUUUCUUCCCAAAAUGUAUCCGUUUCUCGCUCGGGCUAAAACGGCGACAUCCUCACAUAUUUCCUCUGCAUGUUACACUACACUUUUGAAAGAGAAUAAUUUAGCUCUACGUACAUGAAUGUCUCUGAUCUGGGCCUGGUGGUUGAAGAGUUCCGCGCGAGAGACGCAAACAGAUCCAGGACCGUCUGAAGUUUAGUGUUCCACUUUAAAUGCAGAUGAAGGCUGUGAAGAAGUACAAAGGCAGCGUUGAAGACGAACCGGAUUUGGGCGGCCGGUGGGCCACAUGAGGCCCCGGGCCUGUAUUGAUCCAGUUGUAUGAAGUCAAACUGGACAUGAAGAGAUGUUCAGGUUCAUCAUAUUUUAUUAUCUUUAGGUUUAUCAAAGUUGAUUUUCUUGACGCACCCAUGAGCCUGGAAUGUGUCUGGAUCUGAACCUAUUACCACCUUGACUUCAUUCAUGAAGGCGGCAGAUGACUGCGCCUCCUUCUCUGCUGGUGCUUCUGUUCUGCACCAUCUGUCCGCUGACGCAAAAACCCCACCGAGAUCCUUUAUAUUCAUCUCCGUCUGACAUCCUGGUGAGAGGUUGCAGGAGAAUCUGAGGACACUGUUAAUGAAGGAUACGUCCUCUAAAUAGAACACAAAAGGCUCCAUGUUUGGACCUGAUACAGACGGAUUCGAGCAAACUUGGGGAUUCUUGUGCGCUUGUGUGUGUAAUGGGAGGAUCUGAAGGAUGGAGAUAAGAGCCUCGGCCUCGGCUGCUUUUGUCACUAAUCCCUGAAGAUUCCCGGAUAUUCCUCUUCAUGUUCAUGGCCGAACGCUUCGUGCUAACCAGAGCAGCUGCCGAGUGUGAUUCCAGACCCGAGUGAUAUAUCAGCCAUCUAAACGGGAGCAACACGUCAAGCCUCAAUGUAUGAGCUGCAACUUGUGUUUGGGAACCUCGACAUUUAACUGCAGGUCCUCUUGACCUCUUCAAGUCCUCAAACUGAGGCUACUUUAUUGCUGCUUUUAGAGGGGUGAUCACUGCGCAAGUUCCUCUGAUGUUCCUUCAUCUGAGCACCUUUGGUUUUUGAUGAAAAGCAGGGCAGGAUUUAGGAAGGAAGGAAAAAACUGUAACAUGCUACAAAAAUCUUUUUCCCCCUUGCCACAUGGAGGCUACAUUACUGCCUCUCUGUAAGACUCCGGCACUGCAUGCUACUACAGAGUCGUUGUUUUUUUGCCUCCAAGUGAAAUUCCAAUUCAGGAUUUUUCUGGCAACUUUCAUGGCUAUAGUCCAACUCUAGUAUUCUAGAUGUUUGUGUUGCGGCUGCUUGACAGUGCAGUAGCAGCAGUACAAACAAAAUACAGUAGUGAUGCGCAACUCACUAAUGGAGGAUGGAACUGGAGAUCAUACCAAAGUUAUUUACAAUUCACCAGGCAAAUAAGUUUCCAAAGGAGGGAAAAAAGGGGCAUAUUUUCUAUAUUUCUAUUGGUAAAAAGAAAAAUACUAGUUUAUAAAUAGGAAUAUUAGAUAAAAUAGACCAAAAGUAGGACGUUAAUAACUAUUAUUAUGUUACAAAAAUAUAAAUAUAAUUUAUAAUAUAUAAGGUCAUCCAAACAAAAUACUAUAUAAGACAAGAAAUUAGAUAGAUUACCUUUAUUCUUCUAACACACAGCAAAUAUAAAUGUAAAAUGAAGGCGCUUUCUCUUUAUAAAAGCCCUUCAUUUUAGUAUGACUCAAUUAAUAUGCAGCACAGACAGUUAUUCACUCAAUAUUGUAUGUUUUAAAUUAAAGCCUGUAAUAUAAUUUAUAUGAAAGUAUAAAACAAUAAAUAGAUAAAUAAAAAAAAUGAGAGAAGCAUUCUUGAAGACUCAAUACUUGUGAUAAUAGAAAGUAAUUUGAAGUAAUACAAAAAAAAUUAUAUAUAUAUAUAUAUAUAUAUUUUUAUUUUUAUUAUUUUUAUUAGUGACGUCACUAUCACCCAGUAGGUGGCGAUCUAGCUGUCGAUCAUGAAGGUGGCUUGAGUAAAAGGAGAGAUGCGAAUGGAAAAUAAACCUUCAGAAAUGCAACCUCACUUCACGUUAGCGUGCCAGUUGCUGGCGUAGCACUAGAUCACAUUAGAUCUGGAACACUGCUGUGCGAAUUUGGCCUCUUCAAAGAUGUUUUUGAGGAAAGGUCAGGCGAUUGAUGAAAACUUUCUGUGGACGGCUUCUCACCGAGGAAACCUACUGGGCCACAACAGAGUCUGGACAAACGCCUGACAGGACGGAGCUGGUGCGGAAUAGCAAUGAGCUGGAUGACAAACUGAACAGUCUCAGAUGCAUCAGCAGCCAGCCAACUGUUGGAGACGACAUGAAAUUAAAAAAAAAAAGAAAGUAAAAAUCGUAAAAUGAGGAGGAACCGAGACGCCUGCUGCGAGCAGUCUUGACAAUUUAACCUUUCCCUUGAAGGAUGCUCUCGGAAUUAAUGCAGCUUGGGAGAAAGUGUCCUUAAGUCAGACGGAAUUUAUGAAUUAUUUAAGGGGGCUAGAUUUGGGUGGUCUUAAAUCCCUCACUAUCCUGACAUGCAUUAUUCAUGCCGCCGUGCAGCAAAAGUUUAUAAUAAGAGUGAAAUAAGUCAAAACAAAAAGCUGCAGGGUGAAAUUCACUCUAAUUCCGCUCUUUAUUUACGUGGUUUUUCUGGGCUGCUCCGACACUCUCAAGGCCGCCGCAUGAAAUGAGUCAACAAUUAAAGUUUAAUGACAGGUUCCGCCUGGUUCCCCUGUGGCCGCAGGUUUGGUUUGGUUCUCGAGGUGCGCGUGUUUGUGUGUGGGAAGUGGCGGCAAGCAUCUCGCGGCAUAAUUAUUUCUGUGUCAACAAACAGUAACACGUCCUUCCUCUCAUUCCAGAAGGCCCCGUUGCUUUUCAUCUUUUCUCCUCCGACCGACGAUCACUCACACACCCGCUCAGUUAUGCUUCUGACUGUCCUGCGUAUCAUUUCAGGGGGUAGAUUUUAGGGUUCUUCCCUGUAUUGACUCUACCGAGGAAGCCAGGUGAAGAGCUUCAAAUCAGGCUCUGAUGUGUGAGGAAACUAGCUCUCAUUAGUGAAACACACAGCCUCUCUGUUGAUGUGGCAAUAUUCGUGUCUGAGUGCCUCUUUUAUUUUUUUAUUUUUUUAUUCAACCUGAACGCCACAUUCAGGGACACGACCCGCACCAAUUUGCAGUGAUAUAACAGCAUCAGUUCCAGUGGAGAUAAGAUGGAGGCAAUGAAUUGGACUUGUUCAGCAGCUGCUUCUCACAAUGAAAUGCAAUGCAGUCUUUAGUUUCAUCUGCCGUCAUCUAAUAAAUACAGUAAGAAUUGUAGCAAAAGCAAAGUAAUAGUCGUAUUAUUUUUUGUCUUCAAACCCUACUCUCUUUGAACAGAGUAUGUUUCUCUCCUUGUGUUCAAUUGACUGUUAAAGCACACGAACUGAGGUGGAAAACAAGACGGCAAAGCUCCAAAGGUGGAGUUACAUGAAUGGAUUUUUUGGGUUAAAUUGAUACCAGAUUAUGUUCCAUGAACCACAUGUGACUAGCAUAGUUUCGCUAUAACCUUGGGCUGUCAAAUUUGAAUCUUGUUUGAUCAGAGUUAACCUGCGAAUAAUUCAACCCUUGCAUCGAUAACAUCUUACGUUUUCAUGUUAGAUUUACAACCGAUAAAUUUUCGAUUAACCACAAGUUAACUCUGCUGUGAAAUACAUGAGAUUAAAAUUGUGAUCUAUUGACAGCCAUACGAUAAGCAACUCACCACUUACUAACGGCUGACUGCAGCUUCUUUCUAUCCCAACCUUGACUUCUUCCUCCCCAUAAACAGCUUCUAUAUGACGACAACCACAAAAACAUGGCUGCAACAGUUGUUAAAUAAGUUUUUCUAAUUUGGGCGAAAUGUAAGUGUUAGUUAGUAUCAGUGUAUUAGUCUUACAACAAUAUUAAUAUUUCUCUUGUUAGAAUGUAUCUACAUUGUAAGCACUGUUAACAGCAGUUUUUAAUUUAAUGAAAUGUUCUUUUCUGUACACUACAAUGAUGUCGUCAUGUUGACAUUGAUAUUUUAUGAAUAAAUCUUUUGUUUAUUGAUCUAUUGUUAGUGUAAAUUAUUUUUUACUGCAGUAGAGCACUGGAUUAUUUGCCAAAGUCAAUAAUGUUCAAAUACAACUUUAUUUGAAGUUUGCUUUAACGUCCCUUGAUAUAUAAAGUAGCAAUGCAUAUAAACAUGAUGUUAAUAUAUGGAUAAAACUGGUCAAUGUCUGGGUGAAUGUCAACUAAAGCGUCAGUUAAAAGUGAGUUUAUCGUCUCUCAAGUCCGCAGUAGAAUCCAGUUUGGGGCAGACUCAUGAAGUUUGCCAUUUAAAUGUCAAAGACACCAGAAGGCUGCCCCCCACAUUGACUCUGAAUGCAGCCAUUAGCGGCGAUGAUUUGAGAAGCAUGUGUGUGUGAGAGUUGGAGUCAAGUCGAUCCUGAGCUUCCUCUCCACACACUUAUUCAGUUUCUCUGUCAUGCGAGCGAGCCAGCCGAAACUCAAAAGACUGUCGUUUGAAGGCUUUUGUUACUUUGAUGAGGCCAAACUGAGGUGGCGCAACAUGAAGCUGCAUCUUCAGCUAAGACAGCAAGCAGCUUGUGAGGAUGACGGACUGUCAUGUGUUGUCAGUUACAGAUUCUCAGCAGACAAUUUCAUAGAAAAUGACUAGCAAAAGGUGCAUUGUGGUCUCGGCGAAGACGGCUGUGCCCGGGGAGGAACAGCAGCUCCGUCUUGUCGAGGAUGAGUGGAAGAUAGUGUUUAGACGUGGGAGAUGUCAGUUUGACAGAUUCACGCUGCCACAUUUGAGGAGGAGACGAGAGGGUUUAUUUCGUGUGUCGCUGUGGAAGGAAAGAGUGGAAGAGACCGAGGAAAAUAGGCUGGAACGGUGGGAGCUCGUAUGUCAGCAGUGAGGUGCAUGAACACCUCCUCCUAAAUAAGUCCUGUUGAUCUUAUCAUGAGACAGUAAUGAGGAGGAAGUCCUGUGAGGAAUGACUUGUCACCAUGAUCUGAUUAUCUCACAAGUUUUCAUCUGAUCAAGCGCCAGGUUUGAGGGACGUUUGACCUCGUCAGCCAGGUUUGGAUCAGGGCUGUGGGUGGGCGCCGUGAUAUGAUCUCGGACGGACGGCGGCCAGGGCUCUUCUGCGGCCUCGUGUUUUACGCUCCCCUCGCGUGGAUCAGUCCCCAGGAACUGCUCCCUCGAAUGAAACGGCUCUCUGCUAUCUGUCAGGAUCAGAGUUGGACACGGCGGAAAUGAAAAAGAUAAGGAUGACAGGAGCUGACAGAGAGGCCACCAGGAGCUGCAGCAGGUGUUGACUUCAUGUGCUGCAAGAUUAGAGCAAAGCGGAGAUCAGUGGAAAUACAGUCUUGGCCCAAAGAACUAGUGUUUGAGAUUGGUUAAACAUGAAAGGAAGAAGGAAAAACUUAAGAUCAAAGGACAAGACAAAUCAAAGAUGGAGGCCCCGAAUAAAUCCCAUCAAAACAGAAACCAGUUUCACUGGUUUGUCUGCUGCACGAAGUGGUUUUUCCGAGAACAAAAGAGCCACCCCCCACCCCCUCCCUUUGCUUCUGUAAUUCAGCUGCUAAUCUGACUCUGAAGGAAGCUCAGAGUUUCGCUGGGUUGAUGUCUCAUUUACAAGUCUGUAACUUUCAAACUAGCUGCAUGUUCUGACUUGGGCUUUCACUUGAACUGUAUUAUUCCUGAAAAGGUUACAGACAAUGCUGAACUGAGAUUGUUGUGACAAAAGAAGGAACUAAGAAAAACAACCUCUGUUUAUCAACUUAAGUAACAAGCCACAUCAGGCAAAACACUGCAAGCUUGUUAGUGAGUGUAAUUCUCUCUAAAAAAUGUUCUUUUAAAGCUAAAAUGUAUUUCAUAAAUGUUUAAGUAUUUGAUAUUUAUUACAUGUAUUCAUCUCAACAUGAGUAUUGUCUUUGUUUUUGUAUUUUUAAGGCACGGAACAAAACCUUGGUUUGUUUUUUGGAGGAAAUAAAUAUUCACAAAUAUUCCAAAACAUAAAAAAGAAAACUUAGUUGAUAAAGCUUUUAAUUAAUUAUUAUUUUAAUAUUUAAGUUACUUGCUUUAGGGAUAGAAAGACGCACAAUUGGGGGGUUCAAGUUAUAAAGUAAAUUAGUGUAAAGAGCUACAACUACAGUUGGAAAAUAGUAUCUGCUCUCAUGAUAAAUUCCAGCAAUACAGUGACUUAACAGUGACUGCUUCUGCACAACAAAUCUCAUGUCAACAUAGCUUACGCACCCCAAAUCUUCACCUUGAAAAUACACAUUCAAACAAAAGGCCAAACAACACACGUCUAAACACAAAAAGCAAAACAAAAACACACUCCUUCAAAUAACACAUUUAACCUCAAUAAAAGUCAUCUUAACACAAUAUUAUCAUGACAUAGAAACUAUGUAUAAUGACGCAGUUUUUUUCCUUAAUAUGUCUAAAUAGUCAACUAAAACUCCAUUGUCUCUCUUAUUUACUAAACACAGAGACACACGUCAUCUGAAAAUGAGAUUAAUAAAGUGGCCUGGAUGGCGAAGACGCUCAAGUCAAGUCAGACAAAAGGAAGAAGGGGGGGGAUAGUCGCCUUCUCUCAGUCUGACACCUACUCAAGUCGGUUCGGAGCCGCUUUAACACCUGAAUGCAGCUGCUAUUAUCAUAAUAGCUGGGUGUGGCGGUGGUCAUUCACUUGCAAACGCGGAGGCGCUUGAAACCGCCUGCGCGUUUGAGAAGAGGGGGGGAUUUUAUCAUGGGGAAUGGCUCGGUGCUGGGGCGAAAUCUCGUGGACACACCGCCCUCCAGUGGACAAAUUGGAUCAUUACAUGUACUUUUACGAAUAUCGAUAGCGCUCAGUUUUGUAUUUAAGUUCAUAGUUUUCCAGGUACUCAAGGUUUACUGUGCUAUAUUUAAAGUUUCAGAGCCGAACAUUUAUUUCACAACUUGAUCAAAUAGCAAAUGAUAGUCGCCCACAUCCAACACGUUUAACGUGUUUCUGCUUUUUAAAGGUCAGAAAAAUCAAAUUCUUAAAACCACUGCCUAAUACGAUUCACUGAGAAGGAGUCACACGGUGCACGUUUGACUCCAAAAAAAAAAGACGAAUAUUAACACCACCUGAUGAACUAGGAAGGAUAACAUUUUUAUUAGUCUUUUUCAGUACCUUGCCUGAUCAGUAAAUACGUAUAUUGUAUAAGUAAAUUGUCUAUAUUUAUUUAAUUUAUGACGUAUUUGAAUGUGUUUGAUUUGUUGAGAAACACAUCACUACACAGUGGUGCUCGAAACUGUCGAUUUUUUUUCGAUUUAGUUGUUGUAAAUCCCUUAAAUCCCGUAAAUGAAGUUGUUGUUGGGAUUUCGUUUCCCGCCAGGUAGAAACUGCUGCCCCCCCCUCUUGAUGACUCAUUUACAUGACAAGCGGCGAGUUGAUGGGACGGUCAUGUGAUCGGCGGGGCAGCCGUUGGAAACCGCCGAUAAAUGGAAGCCAUGAGUCCGACUUGAGUCAGACCCAAGAUUCAUCCGAGGAGGAAACUUCAGCGUGGUCUUCGCAAAGUUCCCCCAGACAGGACAUCGACGGAUCUGCUGUUGUUUUCCGGCGGGACUCCGGGAAAGUUCGACUUUCUACCUGCGUCAGUUCAGCUCAAGAUGCUCAACUGCUCCAGUUCCAACUCCAGCAAAGAGAACAUGCCCCCAACAGGCAAAUCCGACUCCCUCCAGGUACAGAAGGGCUCUGAGAGGACAGUGCUAGGUGUCUUGUCAGACAAUGAAGUGAGAGAUCCCUCUGAGAGUCAGGACAGCCAGUUCUCUGAGCUCUGCUCAGACACAGGCAGCUCCCCCAUCAUCUUCUACGUGCACUCUCCCAGCUCCAGUGAGGAAGUUCAUGUGGAAGAUACUUGCGAAGUCAUUCUCUCUCCGUCCGGGGACGAAGUCGACCGCCAGUCCAUGGACGAGGAAGAGUCUCCAGAGAUCAGAGACCUCAGACACUUGCUGGAACUGAGUGCAGAACAAAAUUCUUCUUCCACGUCUCAACCAGAGGAGUCAGACUCAGAGGACGUCUCACGUCCGAAUCACUUUGCUGAGGACACUUACUGGCACAUGAGGCAAAAAGAGAACAAGUUCCAGCCCAAAUCAAACUACUUUGAGAACCACCCGCAGCUCAACGGCGACAUGAGAUUGGUCCUGGUGGACUGGCUGGCUGAGGUCACCUAUGAGUUCCAGCUGAGCCCGGAAACCUUGCACCUCGCCAUCAACUAUCUGGAUCGCUUCCUCUCCCGCACCAGGAUCGUGAAGCGCAGCCGGCUCCAGCUGAUCGGCACGGCGGCCUUGCUCAUCGCUGCGAAAUACGAAGACGUGUUCCCACCUAAGAUGCACGACUGUGUUUACGUCACCGACAACAGCUACUCCACUAGAGACUUGGUUCGGAUGGAACGUGCCAUGCUGAGGAUCCUGGGUUUCACCUUGUCUGCCCCGACGGUGCACAGAUUCCUGCACCUCUACGUUACUGUGGUCCCCGUCUGCACGACCACCCAGUACCUGGCACAGUACAUAUCAGAGUUGAGUCUGAUGGAGGUCGAUUUUUACGUCAAGCACAGUCCAUCUCUGGUAGCAGUGGGGUCGUAUGUCAUCGCCAACUACGCCAUCAACAGUCUGCUCUGGCCCGAUGAGCUGGAGAGUUUCACCAACUACUCCAUUGAGGCCAUUGCUAACUGCGUGGCUGACCUCUACCAGGUCUACGUCUACGCUCAGAGUCGCCCCCAGCAGAUCAUCCGAAAGAAGUACAGCACUGCCCGGUACCACAGUGUGGCCACCAUCCCCCCACCAGUCUUCUCUGCGCACUUCUGGUUCGCCUUUUUCUGAUCAGUUCAACCAAAGUUUUAGAGAUGAGAUAUCGCCCGCACAAACAGGCCACAAGUUCUAGCAUUAGCCUGAGAUUUUCUAUUCAUUUUAUUCUUUUUAUGAUUUAUCUCGCGGAAUUACUUUUGAAAAUGUACCAAAAAAAGUGUGUGUAUUUUUUUCUUUAAUGUUCUGUUGGGUAAUUCUGGAGUAUGUUAUGAACUGGUGUGUAAUCUGUUAAAAUGUAGCGUUGAAGACAUCCAUUCCCUCACCGCCAGGAGGAGAAUGUAAAACCUGCCCCAAGUGCCUUAUUAUUACUAGCCGCCGGAGCGCUAGUGCUUUGUACAGGGAUGGAUUUGUCGUUGUUUGUACACUUGAUUGAAAUCGGGUUCAGAUGAUCUUGCUUGGAUCGGCUGACUGCAAGACUAUGUGAGAGGAGGAAGACGCAGAUCUGAAUUUUUGGAUCUUUAACUGGAAAUAUUCUGUUGUUUUGUGCACCACUGAAAUGUUUGUAUUAUCUUAGUGCACAAUAAA